GCCCGGAAUCCAGAGGUCAAAGGUGGCGUGUGCAGACCAGGUGGUGAACACCAUGAUAGAUCACAUGACCAACCCCAGCAGCCAAUCACAUCUGCUGCUCAACUCAGGGGACAGUGUGGUUCUGUGUGUCAACAAUCUGGGAGCUCUGUCCUGUUUAGAAAUGGCUGUGGUCACAAGAGCUGCACUCUCUACACUGGGCAACACAAGGACACCAUCAAGGCGUACUACCGGGGUCCUGAGCCGACUCAAGCAACACCCUUCCAAGAUGGCAGCCAACGGUAGCAGCACGGCUAGCAAGUCUAGUAACAAUGCUGGGGGGAAACCAACUGGGCCGACGGCCGAACAGGUGGUGGGGAACUUCCAGAGGAUGCGUCAGGAACAGCGCGGCAUGGCUUCCAAGGCAUCCGAGUUUGAGAUGGAGAACAACGAACACAGCCUAGUAAUUGAAACCCUUAAGGAAGUUGACCCUUCCAGGAAGUGCUUUCGUCUAGUAGGGGGAGUGCUUGUGGAGAGGACAGUGAAAGAGGUUCUGCCUGCAUUGGAAAACAACAAAGAACAGAUCACCAAGAUCAUAGAGACCCUGUCCUCACAGAUGCAGACCAAAGGCCGUGAACUCACGGAGUACAGGGAAAAGUACAACAUCCGAUUGGUCGGAGAAGGCGAGGGAGAGGGGCAAUCGGCAGACUCCAGGGACAGUGAGGGCGGGGCUUCGAAAGGCGGUACUGGUGUUCUGGUGUCCUAGAUUGUGGACAGACACAUCAGUACUGGAGGAGGGGGGGGGGCUGAUAUUUUCUGCUAUGCCAAAACAUGGUUGAGACGCAUUAUCUACGUUUGUCAUUAGGGCUACAUUUUUACACAGGAUAUCACAGAUGCAGAUAUGUUUGAUUAUUUUGGUAGGAUUUUGUCCAGGUUGCCAGCAUUCAAAGAUAACCGAUUUAGAAGCAACAACCACGAAUGCCAGAUAUAUUGUUCAAAACAGUGUGCUACAUGUUCAACCCCUGUUAGCUUGCUAUUGUGUGUGCGUUCAAUGUUGGCAACUUGAAGAGGGUGACUGUUCCUAAACACUUUUGUGAAAUACCAGAGAAAGUCUUUUGAGUCACAAACCUCCCAAUAUAUGUUUUGAAUUUCCUUUAAUUAGCAGGAAGUAUUUCAGUGUAAGCCCCUGUCAUUUAAAGUGUAUAGUUCCGUCAUGGUUAAAUUCACCUUUUGGAGAGAUCGGUGAAUGCAUGGACACCAAACACCACAGGCAAUUAAUUGCUUAGUAGAAGGAUUAAAACAUUGAAUAAAUACCUGUUCAAGAUACUGUACUCAAGUUACACAGGCCUUUUGGUUGGGAUUAAGAGAAACUAUUAAAUUAACUUUUUUUAAGGGUGUUCAUCAUAGGCUAGUCAUGUUUUUUUUUUUUUACUGAACUUCACUUUGAGGUCGUACUGUAAACCUCUUUCACGUCAGGCGAUGAUCCAUAACAGGCUUUCCCACUCCUGUCAAUCAGUUAAUGUUUACUCCUUCACAAUCAAAUAUUAAUGAGUUGCUCCUGAAAAUGCAACCUCACUGAGGGAAAAAGGUCUAGUCGUUCCAUUUUUGGUAAUAAACAGGUGUCCCUGCCCAUUAUGGAGCAGAAGGGUAAAAUGUGAAUGUACUUCUUGCUUCAGUGAGAACUGAUGAAAUCGAUAAGUAGAUGCACAUAACCAUUCUAGAUUUUUGGAACUGUUAGCGUUCAUUUGAACCCAACUUGCAUCAGUAAGAUAAUGGCUACAAAGCUAUAGGGAUGGACGUGUUCUGUUAAUUAUGAAUUAAAGGAUUUGAAAAGUA